AUGGUUCCCUGCAUCCUCCUGCUCCUGGCCUGCAGCAGUGCCUCUCCAGCACGACAUCCUUUGGUCGGCUUAGGCCUGGCUGGCAACUUGGACCACGACCCCGCCGGGGUCGCCUCUGCGGUUGAGGCAUGGCUCCAGCUGGGGGGCCGUGCCAUUGACACAGCCCUCAUGUACGGCCACGACGAGGGCCUGCGCCAGGGUCUGGAACGGAGCAAGGUGCCUCAAGAAGAGGUCUUCAUCACCUCGAAGAUUCCCCCGGAGCGCAUGGGCUUUGAGGAAACGCUGGAAGCUGCCGCGGAUGCCCGCGCACGCAUCGGGCGGCCUUUGGAUUGUCUGAUGAUCCACUGGCCAGGCCGCCCGUGGCCCAAGCGGGACAGCGAUCCCAGCUGUGUCCUGGCGAGGGGGGCCAGCCUUCCAGGAGACUGGUCCGAGUGCCGGCGCGCAACGUGGGAGGCGCUGCGGUCGCUCAAACGCUCAGGGGAGGUUCGCCUCAUCGGCGUUUCCAAUUAUGAGCUGCCCCACUUGGCUGAGCUCCAGGCGCUGAAGGCCCUUCCCGACGUCCUGCAGAUCGAGUUCCACCCCUGGUGGCGCCAUGGGGAUCUCCUGAGCUGGUCGAGGGAUCAGGGCGUGCAGCUGGUAGCCUACGGUAGCCUGGGAGGCGCCUCUGCAGAGUGGCUGGCGGAGAGUGCGCUGCACAGCUUGGGGAAGGAGCAAGGCCUCACCGCGGCCCAGCUUCUGCUGAACUGGGCUGUGAGCCAGGGGGUCUCAGUGAUUCCAUCGGCUCGCAGCGAGCAGCACAUGCUCGAAAACUUGAAGUGCUGCGAGCAGAGGAUUGGGCAAAGAGCCCUGGACAUCUUAUCUUCCCAGCCAGACUCCCUCCAGCGACGCAUACAGCCGGACCCCCGCUUCGUCAUCGUCCCUGGGGUGCCCAUUGAGCAGUUCGGGGGGCCCGUGCCCCCGAAGCACGCUCGGCUGGAUCUCUUUGGUGCAAUUGACCAGCUGCACAUGGGGGCUCUGCGUCAGCAGUGCUGGCACGGGGACAUCCAGCCCUACCCCUGCUGCCACCCUUCCUUCGGACCGGAAGGCCUUGCAAGCUGCUGGGGAGCGGGCUUCGAUUUCCUUGAGUGCUGCCUUCCUCCGGUGGUUCAGACGCUGACGUUGCCUUCUGUGCCGAUGUCUCUGUCGCGAGAAGUGGACUUCAUCGUCGUAGGUGCAGGCUCUGCCGGAAGCGUAGCGGCCUCCCGGCUGGCGCGCCGCGGCUUCCUCGUGGCCUUGCUGGAGUCCGGUGGGCCCGGAUAUGACGGCGGAGAAGACUCCCAUCCCAAUCCCUCUGCACCAAGGCAGGCCGACCACUGGUAUGUCCAUGACGUUGAAUGGAGCUUAGGGAAGGUGACGAGGGCCACGCAGAUCAUCCACGGGCGCGGGCUCGGGGGCACCUCUUCGGUGAAUGGCCGCUACUACACGCGGACCUUCCUCCCCUUCGACAGCGAGGUGGCCUCGAAGGCCUACGAGGAUGUGGAGUCCGAUCUCCUGCUGCGCACCGACGACGCGGACGAGCGGUGCCCCUGGCAGGCCGCCAUCCGGGGAGCCCUCUCCGAGGCCGGCGUGCCCUACAUGAAGGAUGUGUCCAUGUCUUGGAAUGGCUCUGCCGUCGGCCCCGCGCAGCGGAUCACCGGCUGCCGGCGCACAGUGUCGGGGUCGUCGGGGUCGUCGGGGCCGUCGUCCUACCGCUGCGCUUUGGGUGCGGUGCCCCCCGAUAGCGUGAGGGUCUUGACGCAAUCGCACGUUGUGAGGGUGACGUUCCGCGGUGGCCGGGCUCGGGGCGCGGAGGUGGCCAGUAGCCGUGGCCCUACGCAGGUGGCCAGCCGCCGUGGCGUCGUUCUGUGCGCCGGUGCCUUGCAGACCCCAGCGAUCCUGCAGCGCUCGGGCAUCGGCAGCCGCGAGGACGUGAGGCGUUUGGGGAUCACGCAGCUUGCGGAGAGCCCUGCGGUGGGUGGUUAUCUUCAGGAUCACCCGUACAUUGCCUUCCGAGUGCGGACACCGCUUCCCUGUACGAACCUUCGCGGCAGCCUCUAUGCCUUCUACUCUGGUCUAAAGGGCAUCAACGGUGCCAAGGCUUUGGGGAGGCGCAAGUUUGAGCUUCAGAUGCUUCCACAGUGCCGGGCCGAGAAGAUCGAGCUCAAGAGCUUCUUGAUCCUCCUCCGCAGCCGGACAGCGGGCCGUGUGGUGGCCCGCUCGAUGGACCCAGCUGAGCCCCCGGGGAUACUUUGGGACCCCUUUGCCGGGAACGCCUCGGAUGCGUGGUCCCUUCUGCUGGGCCUCCGUGAGAUCUACAGCCUCCUUCAAGCUGCCUGGCCAGAGUUGUCCUUCGAGCCUUCCUACGAAGCGAUGGUGGAAGAUGGCUUCGCUGGCCAGCACUUUGCUCAGAGCUUGGGCUCCUGGCAGCACCCGAUGGGCACCGCCCUCCUUGGCCCUGUCUUGGACUCCCGGCUCCGAGUUCGCGGGGUCGAAGACUUGUGGGUGGCCGAUGGAGCGGCGCUGCCGGACUGGGCCCUGGCCGGGCACCCGGACGCCGGCAUCCGCGCCCUGGGCUCCCUGGUGGCCACCUUUGCGGCCGAGGACGGAGCCGCCGGAGCUUACGGAGACCCUCCGUGA